AGACUGACAGAACAUGCAAACCAAGACCAGAUUUGAAAGACAUACAACUACUUAGUGGCGAAACAUGGUUUGUGGAUGGGUCCUGUUCUAAAUCUAUAACAGGCCAAAAUCAAACAGGGUUUGCAGUUGUAUCACACACACAGGUCAUAAAAGCAGGCCAACUCCCCCACACAUAUUCUGCACAAGCAGCGGAAUUAGUAGCUCUUACAGAAGCAUGCAAAGCGGGGGUUGGAAAAGAUGUGACUAUGUGGACAGACAGCCAGUAUGCGCACUCAACAGUACAUAUAUUUGCAGCCCAAUGGGCCCGCAGGGGCAUGAAAACGUCAACAGGAAAACCAGUCACCCAUGCACAGCUGCUGACUGAUCUUUUAAAAGCGGUGUUGUUGCCGAAAAGCAUUGCUAUAUGCAAAUGUGCUGCGCACACCAGUGGGAAGGAUGCAGUAACACUUGGCAAUGCACACGCGGAUAAGGUAGCGAAGCUAGCAGCUAUGGGCGAAUAUCGGUUUCAUAUCCUCUUGCAGAAGGGGGAAAGUGUUUCACAACCGAUACCUCUUGUGAUAUUAAGGGAUAUGCAGAACAGCGCACCCGACAGAGAAAAGAAGAAAUGGUUGACAGAUGGUGCAACCACAGACCCUGAGGGAACAUUCAGAAUAAACAACAAGAUAGUACUCCCUGUUAGUCUCUACAAAACAGCAGCUCAUUUGAGUCAUGGGCCGUGCCAUGUCUCAACAGGAGGGAUGGUGACAAUAAUAAAUGAACACUUCCAUACAUACAACUACAUUAGAUUUUCUAAAAACUUUUGUAGAGCCUGUGUAGUAUGUUGCAGACACAAUGCUCAAGGCAAUGAGCGACCACAGAGAGGAAAGUUCCCUCCACCAACAUACCCGUUUCAACACAUGCAUAUGGACUUCAUCGAACUAACACCAUGCCAAGGGUACAAAUACUGUUUGGUAAUGAUAUGUCCGUUUUCAAAGUGGGUUGAAAUAUUCCCAGCAAAACAUGCAGACGCUAUUACCGUAGAAAAAGCCAUAUGCAAGACAAUAAUACCAAACAGAGGUAUUCCAGAGAAACUGUACAGUGAUAAUGGUUCCCAUUUUGUAAAUCAGGUUAUUACCAAACUGUCCGAACAUAUGGGGAUAACAUUAAAAAACCAUUGUGCAGAUCAUCCACAGAGUGCAGGCUUAGUGGAAAGAACAAACGGAACAGUAAAGUUAAGACUAAGGAAAACAGCUGAAUGGAUGAGCAGACUCUUCAGAAGCAAUGAGAUAGCUCGAACAAAUAACUUGCCAGACAUUUCUACUCCCUUACAGGAUACUCGAGUGCAGACUGGUGACCAGGUCCUCGUGAAGGUGAUUAAGAGGAAGCAUUGGCACUGUCCACGGUGGGACGGUCCCUACACGGUACUGCUGACAACACCGACUGCACUAAAAAUCGCCGAAAGAACUACGUGGAUACAUCAGAGCCACUGCAAAAAGAUAAUACCUCUCCAACUUAACGACGGAUAAGUGGUGGAAGUCCGGCUACAAAGGGCGGUGUUUCAUUAGGAAAUACUGGUCUCAACCCCGGUGAAGAAAACAACAGAACCACUAUCACAAAUAGACUAUGUUGGGAAAGGUGUUGUUUGUAGUGACCCUGCUGGGUCUGACGCUAAUGACUAUAAUAAGACAAUUGAGUGAGGAAUCCUCGACAACAAAAAAAGGUCCAUCGAGAGAAAAAAUGGUCAUUACUCAACGAUGACCCAUGGAACCACAACGACAAAACUGCACGCUCACCUAGGAUGACAAAUGCCUGGUAUGCCUAUGUCCAUCAACUUGUUACAAAGACAGGGCGUUCAAAUUGUUAUGUUUGUUCCCACAUGCCAUGGUCAACUGGACAAGUAACUCUGUAUGGUAAAAUGAUGAGUAAAUCACAAGCUAAAUGUUUUGCUACCAUGGGAGGUGUAGGAUACCAGCACUCAGGGAUAAAAGUCAACGAUGUGAAUCCAUAUGCCUCAGGUUUAAGCAAUGGCACUUGUAAUAAGAUAUUUUGGGUGAACUUUAACAUGACAGUGACAAAAGGUAGUCAUGCCAAAUAAUGAAGCUAUACACCCUAUGUGUUACAGUCAGACAGAAGGUUCUGUACCAAUGGGAAACACCACUGGUUGUAACCAGACACUUGUUAAUGGUGAAGGGGCUCCAGUCUAUUUGAGCAAACAAUCUAAUGGUACAUGGUGGGUACAAGGAGGAUGGUGGCUGUGUGGCAACAACGCUUAUCCAGUUCUGCCAAUAAAUUGGACAGGCACAUGCGCACCAAUAUUUGUUAGCGACCACACCUUCGUGAUAGACAUAGAACCACACCUUAACCACACCCGCAGGAGGAGAAAUGCCAUGCCUGCCUUCAAAGAACAUGAUUCAGUAUGGGGAAAAGAUGUCCCUGAUGAAUUCAAACACUGGUCCACCAGUGGAAAGGUAAUAUUGGCAUUGACUCCUGCCUUAGGCGUAGCAAAGAACAUGUUGAGACUCGAAACCCUUGAUUACCGGUUCGGCAUGUUUGUAAAUAAUUCCAUCGUUGUAAACGAACAACAGAACCUCGAACUAGACUCACUCAGAACCAUGGUGCUACAGCACCGCAUGGCCCUUGAUCUACUCACUGCCUCAGUAGGAGGUACGUGUAUCCUUUUGAACACAAUCUGUUGUACAUAUAUCACCGACAAUGUCCACUCCCAAAACAUGACAGAUGCAAUGGCUAAUCUCAAAGCCCUACAGACAGCUAUGGGCCAAGACAGACAUGCCUCUCUUGAGACCGGAUGGUUCAAUUGGCCACUCUCAGGGAGCUGGGUUCAAAAGCUCGUGAUGGGAUUUGUUGCAAUCAUAUGUGUUCUCAUCCUUGUGUGCUGUGCUAUGGCUUGUAUUAUACCAUGUGUUAAAGCUAUGGUUGGUAAAAUAGUUACCAACACUCUUGUCCAAUAUACGAUGUUGCAACAGACAGAUAACGGUGACUAUAUUGACACAGACCCCUCUCAGAAGGACGAAUAUACUCACCUAACCUCCAAUGUGUAAGACUUAAAGCUAGGUUACUGUCUGUCAUAUGACGAAUGGUUCGAAAAUGUCAAAAACAAGUGAAUUAAUUCUGAAAGUAAUAAAGACACUGUAACCAGCUAGUAAUUAUGAAAAACAGGAGGGAAUGUUAGAGUUUAUUGAAGGAUAAAUGUGUUUUCAUAAUGUGUUUUCAUAAUGUGUUAUCAUAAAUAUGUUACAAAGAGACUCUAGUCAGAAAAGAGGAACAGAGAAUAGUCUGUUCCGUGGACCAUACACACACACACACACACACACACACCCACAUGACUGCGAGUCACAAGACUCCCAUUGACAAAUAAGGCGUUGGUCAUAACCACUUCCUCAUGCAUGAUAUGUAACUGUAUUGUUGAAAUAAAAAGACUGCACUGAGAGAAGACGAGUAGAGUUGGUUAAGGAGUGGACAUUGCAUGUCACUCGCCGAUUCUCCUUGCAGCAAGUAAACUUGAAA